UCAAAUGAAACUGAAUGAGGUUAGAGAACAGACUGUCAGAAUGUCCGCCCGCCCCAUUCUCACCCUCCCCUCCCCCAUCCGAAACCUCAGGCAGCACAGGCAGCAGCGUUCUACUUGCUGGUUAAAUGAAGACUGCAUGGAAAAUACGGUUGAUUUGAGGUGUCUCUGAUGGCUGGCCGGAUCCUGGAGAUUCUGGAGGAGCUUCCAAAAGAAGAAUUAAAAAAGUGUCUCUGAUGGCUGGCCGGAUCCUGGAGAUUCUGGAGGAGCUUCCAAAAGAAGAAUUAAAAAAGUUCACAUUUUAUUUGAAUGAAGAGGUGCUGGAAGGAUGUAGGCCCAUUCCACUGGGUCAACUCGAGGACAAAGAUGUGACAGGUGUUGUUACCUUGAUGAAGAGUUCCUAUGGUAACAAAAUGGUGACAAUCACACAGGAGAUUUUAAAGAGAAUUCCACAAAAUGACUUACUUGAGAGAUUGGAGAGAAAUCUGGAAAAUGAGCGACCCUGAUGAGCUCGGCAGCUGCAGCCAGUGAUUACAGCCCUGAGGGGAAGCGCAAAAGGAGCCUGAAUAUGGAGCCUGUGUCUGAGGCCCAGCAGGUAGGGACACAGUCCAUGAUUUUAAAUGCCUCAGUCCUGAACUCUAAUCACCCAGACCUGGAAACAGAAAAAAAUGCCGUUCAGCUCACACUGGACCCCAACACUGCACACAGAAAGCUGUCUCUGUCAGAGGGGAACAGGAGGGUGAUAUGGGGGAAUGAGCAGCCAUAUCCUGAUCAUCCAGAGAGAUUUAACACCUAUCACCAGCUGCUGUGCAGAGAGGGGCUGUCUGAGCACUGCUACUGGGAACAGGAGUGGAGCGUGGAGGGGGAGGCAGAGAAGAGAUGGGGAGGGGCUUGGAUGGGAGCAGCAUAUAAAGCAAUCAUCAGGAAAGGAGGGGCCAUUUCUGAAGGCAAGUUGGGAUACAAUGACAAAUCCUGGAGUCUACACUGUAGUAAGGCCAAGCAUUCCGCCUGGCACAAAGAGAAUAGCACAGCUGUACCUGCCCCCCCAUCCCCGUCACACAGAGUAGGGGUGUAUCUGGACUGGCCAGCUGGCACUCUGUCCUUCUACAGCGUCUCCUCUGACACACGGACCCUCCUGCACACUUUCCACACCACCUUCACUGAGCCUCUCUACCCUGGGUUUAGAGUAGACUGGGAUUCCUCAGUGUCCCUGUGCAUGCUGGGAUAGACUCAUCUGUCCUAACUCAGUGUGGGGUACUCAUUCCUCUCUGAGAGAAAUGUGCCAUACUUGCCUGUCUAAGCUAUAGGCUAUACUUGCCUGUCUAAGCUAUAUGCUUGCAUUUCAUUUAGCAAACAGAGCAAACCAAAUAAAGGGAAUGGUAAUGUCGGAGAGUAGAGUGUUGCCUGCAGAGACCUGACCUUCACCUAAUGCAACUCACUACUGAGAGUGGGUUACUACAGAGCAGUAGGUUACUUAUGUGCUGUAUUAGUCUACAUACAUAUGUGGUGUCCAGUUGGGGAGACCUGUAAAUAUUGAAAAUGGGUAUUGAAUCUCUAACAAAUUAUGUGAUGUGUUAAAAUGGCAAUAGCCAAAGUUCUUGUGUCAGUCAUUUUCCAGGUGGCCUUUUGUUUGUUGUGAAAGUAAAGUCUUGUUUUGAAAA